ACACUCACAAUCACACCAAAACCCAUUAUGGCGAUGAAAGGGUACAUACUCAUAGGCCUUCUUGUUCUUGUUUCCUCUUUCGCCAACACCAUCAAUGCUGAUGCUAUCACUUCCAGUUACGGCAUUUCUACACUCAACAGGACCAGUUUUCCCGAAGGUUUCACUUUUGGUGCAGGAUCAUCUGACUAUCAGUAUGAAGGUGCAACGCCGUUGGAAGAUGGCAAAGGAGAAAGUAUGUGGGAUUAUUACAGCCACAAAUACCCAGAGAAAAUACUGGAUGGCAGUAAUGGAGAUGUAGCUAAUGAUCAAUAUCAUCGCUUCAAGGAGGACUUUGUGCUUCUGAAGGAUAUGAAUGCAGAUGCAUACAGAUUCUCAAUCGCAUGGUCCAGACUGAUACCAACCGGAAAGAUUAGUGAUGGUGUGAACCAGAAAGGAAUCGACCACUACAACCAGGUCAUCGAUGAACUCGUAGCCAAAGGUCUUACGCCCUAUGUGACACUCUUCCACUGGCACAUCCCAAUGGCCUUAGAUGAUGAGUAUGGCGGUUUCUUAAAUCAAAGCAUUGUGGAAGACUUCAAGGACUUCGCAGAGCUUUGCUUCAAGGAGUUUGGUGAUAGGGUAAAGCAUUGGACCACCGUCAACGAGCCUCAUAUGUUCUCCAAUGGUGGAUAUGCAGCAGGGGUUUUAGCACCUUUUAGAUGUUCGAGCUGGCAAAAUUUGAAUUGCACCGGUGGGGAUUCAGCGACGGAGCCAUAUACCGUCACCCACAAUCUGCUUCUUGCUCAUUCAGCUGCCGCAAACUUGUAUAAGACCAAAUAUCAGGCAGAGCAAAAAGGUGUUAUAGGGAUAACACUUGAUUGCGAUUGGGUGGUGCCAUAUUCUCAAUCGGAGAAAGACCGUGCUGCCGCGUUACGUGACGUUGAUUUUAGGUUCGGAUGGUACAUGGAACCCCUAACAAAGGGUCGCUAUCCCCUCAGCAUGCGUACGCUUGUUGGUGAAAAGCGAUUACCCAGAUUCAGCGUAAAUGAAUCGAAGCUGUUGAUCGGAUCAUACGACUUUAUCGGAUUAAACUACUAUACUACCAAUUAUGUUGCUGAUGCAACUGAAAAUAACUCUCUGAACAAUAGCUACUUGACAGAUCCUCGUGUUAAUAAAACAGGUUCGCGCGACGGGGUCCUCAUUGGUCCACAGGCUGGUUCAAGUUGGCUCUAUGUCUAUCCUGAAGGAAUUUACGGUCUUCUUGUCUACACAAAAACCAAGUACGGUGAUCCAGAAAUUUACAUCACUGAGAAUGGUAAUUUUCUCAACCUUUUUCAAUUAUUGUUGCAUAAAGUCGAUGGUGAAUUCUUGUAUGUCCCAUUUUAUCUAAUUAAGCUAAACUGUAAUCUUUUAUUAGGAACCGAUGAGCUCAAUAAUGCCUCAAUUCCUCUUGAGGAAGCUCUUAUGGACACCCACAGAAUUGAUUAUCAUUAUAAGCACCUUGAGCAGGUUCAUAAGGCUAUUGGGGAGGGCGUGAAAGUUAAGGGAUACUUUGCUUGGACAUUCUUGGACGACUAUGAAUGGUUUUCUGGUUAUACGAUUCGAUUUGGCAUCCACUUUAUCGACUAUGAGAACGGAUUGAAAAGAUAUCCUAAACUUUCAGCACAAUGGUUCAAGAAUUUCCUCAACAAAUAGAAAUGAAGAUUUUCGCACUACGAACUGCCUAUCAAACUGGGUGGUCUCAGAUCAAUAAAUUGAGCAUAUAGCUCUUCUCUAUGAAUAUUGUACUUUUUGAAUUAUCUAAUGUUCUUUCUGUAUCGGCUGAAACGCUUGCAGAAUAAUAAAUUGCUCUACGGAU